AUGUCUAGCUUAUUCUCUGAUUGCACGGCUGCCACAGCUUUCUCUAGGUUGCCCUUUGGAGAAGAUGUUAGCAAAUCGAUCUCAUUGGGACCAGAUUCAAACAAAUACAAUAGCGCCAACUAUUCGCAAACUUUCAGAAACAAGGCAUACUCUGAAAAGUUGAUUGAUUCAAUUCAUCCUGAUUUGAACACACAUGCCAAAUUGUUCAACAAUGCCGCAAAAGUCUAUGCUGAUCGUCCAUGUUUAGGAGCUAGACCCUAUGAUUACCUGAAAAAAAAACUGGCUAACCAUUACGAGUAUUUGACAUAUGCAGAAACCAACGCAAAGAAAAGACGCAUUGGUGCCGGGAUCAUUAAAUCACUCAACGAUAAUCAGUACCUUAACUUGGAUUUGGAACCACACCGAAAGAUUGCGAAUCAUUUAAAGGAUUGGAAGAAUUAUGGAGUUCCCAACUAUCUUCGCGAUAACAAUGAUCAUGUUAUUGAAAAAAGUUGCUCAUUCAUUUUGUCAAUCUUUGCUGUCAACCGUUUGGAAUGGAUGUUGACGGAUUUGGCGUGCUCUGCCUAUUCCAUCACAAACACUGCUUUAUAUGACACGUUGGGACCGGAUGUUUCGCAAUACAUUUUGAACUUGACGGAAAGUCCAAUUGUUGUUUGCACUAUCGACAAGGUUAGAGCUCUCCUCAAUUUGAAGAAGAAUUACCCCAAGGAGACUAAAGCGUUGAUUUCGAUUGUUGUGAUGGAUCCAAUACAAUACCUUGACCCCAGCUUGUAUGGCUUGGCUAAAGAGUUCAAAGUUGAACUUACCGACUUGGAAGCUAUUGAGUCAUUGGGUAAAGCCAACCCGAUUCAAGAGUUGCCACCUUCGCCAGAGGCAAUCUUUACAAUAUCAUUCACAUCUGGCACAACUGGCUCCAGACCAAAAGGUGCCAUGAUUCCCCACAGAAGUGCUUCGUCAUACAUUACAUUUAUUGCCUGUUAUGAACCCCAGGCUAAGCGUAGUGACAUUGCCUAUAUAUUUCUUCCAUUGACACAUUUGUUGGAGAGGGAAACCAGUGCAUUUGCUUUCUCCACUGGUUACUCAUUGGGUUUCCCCCAAACGACUGUUGGGCAAACUGGUCUCAACACUUUUUCAAUCAUGGUUGAUGAUCUAAGAGUUUUAAAGCCAACAUAUAUGUCCAUUGUCCCAAGAUUAUUGACGAGAAUGGAAAGUUUGAUCAAGGAGAAAGUGAAACAACUUAACCCGGAAGAACAACGCAAAGUCAACAAGAUCAUUCAGUACAAACUCCGCGAGCAGGCCAAAUUUGACGGAUCUGCAGCGUAUGACGCCAAUCUUGAUGCGUAUCCGCCAUAUGAAAAUUUGCGUAAAUUCAUUGGAUACGAUAGGUUGAGGUGGGUUCAAACGGCUUCAGCACCGGUAGCCGCAACAACGUUGGCGUACCUCAAGGCAAGUUUGAACAUGGGUAUUCGUCAGAUGUACGGGUUGACCGAGUCUGGUGCCGCAAUAACUUGUACAGGUGCGUACGAUGCACAAGCGGGUACUUGUGGAUCUAUAUCGCCAACUGCAGAGUACAAGUUACGUAGUGUUAGAGAAAUGGGAUACGAUAUUGACAAGUUGCAAGGUGAGGUGAUGUUACGGGGUCAACAAAUGUUUAAGGGGUAUUAUUACAACCAAGAAGAGACAGAUAAAUGUAUCAAUGAGCACGGGUGGUUCCAUUCAGGAGAUAUUGCCACUGUUGAUGAAAAUGGAAGAAUUACAAUCAUUGAUCGUGUGAAAAACUUUUUCAAGUUGGCACAAGGAGAAUACGUUUCUCCUGAAAAGAUUGAAAAUCGUUACUUGUCAGCCAACCCAAUCAUUAACCAAUUGUAUGUUCAUGGAAAUUCUUUGAAAUCGUAUUUGGUGGGAAUAGCAGGUAUCGAUUACGAGCAAGGACUCAAAUUCCUCAAUGGUGAAUUUGGUAUCAACAGAAUUGGCAUGAGUGAGGAGGAGAUGUUGACCCACAUGAACAAAAUCGAAGUCAAGACAAAACUCUUGCACGUUUUGAAUGACAAUGUCCGUGGCCAAUUGAAUGGGUUUGAGUUGUUGCACAAUAUCCAUAUUGAGAUUAAUCCAUUGACUGUUGAAAGAGAUGUUGUUACGCCUACUUUUAAGUUGAAAAGACCAGUUGCUCAAAAGUUUUUUGCCAAUGCCAUUCACAAGUUGUAUGAGAUUGAACAGAGUUUGUUUGCAGAGACUAAAUUAGGAAUUGCUAAAUUAUAG